AUGGGGAUUUCCUCCACCGCCCAUAUUUCUCCUUUCAGACCUCUUCAUGGUCAUCCUCCUUAUCUCAGGUUUUACAGCCCUUGCCCCUGUCUCUCCACCGCCUCCCCGUCUGCUGCCACUGCCACCGCUUCUGCAGCUCCUUAUUUGGCCCCUUUCUCCCGCCACAGAUUCUGGGGAAAGCUUCCUUCAGGGGUAGUGGUUCAUCUUCGAAGGAGAGAUGAGAAGCGUUAUUUGGCUUCAGGGGAUUAUAGUACUUCUACAUGCCUAGAGACCACGACCUCUUACAAUGACUCGAGAAUGGAAUGGACAAAAGAGGGCAAAUAUUUAAGGGAAAUUAGAAGUCGAGUUACCCAGCAUAAAAGCGAGCGUCUGGAAGAUGGUAGCUCUUACCCGUUUAAUGAUGAGGAGUAUCUAAGAACGGGACUUGAAGCUAGAGUAGAAAGUAAAGGCAGUGACAGUGGAGCCAUAGUUGAAGGGAAUGGUCCACACAUAACUAAUAGAAGACCAAAUGAAUUAUCUUUAAAGGAUGUGAAAGAGAGAGUAGGAACUAGUGAAUCCUUCACAAAUCGUGAAAAAUCAAGCACUAGAGCUGUUGGCAUUGGUUUUGCUAGUGGUAGGGAUUACGAUCUGCCGAUGAUGCUUGAAACAGAGGUAGAAAGUAAUGGUGGUAUGAAUGGAGUAAUAGUUGGUGCAAAUAAAAACAGAAGACCAAAUGGUUUAUCUUCACUGGCUGUUGAUGAAAGAGCAAGAACUAAUGGGUCCUUGAAGAUGGGUGUGAAUGGUACAUCAAUCGCACUCGAAGAAGCAAAUGGUAUUUCAUCCGUAGAUGUAAGCAAGAGUUCAAAACCGUUGAUAGUGGAUGCGAAUGGUCCUGUAACCAGAUGGUCAAAUAGUUUGUCUUCCACAAAUGUUAAAGAGAGAGCAAAAACUAAUGGGUCAUCAGCAAGGAAGGUGGUACAACCCACCAAAGGUUCAAGUCUCGGUGAAAUCAAGAAGGAAGUUGCUACUCAGUUGCCUAACGGAAAAAUCGCUGCUGUUGCUAUUGCUGAUGCUGCUGAGCCUUCAAAUGCUAAAGAAUGGCAAGCUGAUAUUCGCAAGAGACUUACUAGUAUCUCUAGUAAUGUUCUUGUUGUAGAUAAUGUCUCCAUGGCAAAAGCAGUUGUCAGUAAGCUUACUGGUCAGUACAGGCACCACGUCCAUGCGUGUGAUACUGAGGUUGCCAAUAUUGAUGUGAAGGUGCAAACUCCAAUUGAUCAUGGAGAGUUGAUAUGUUUCAGUGUAUAUUCUGGACCCGAGGCGGAUUAUGGAAAUGGAAAAUCGUGUAUUUGGGUGGAUAUACUUGACGGUGGUGGACAGGAUAUUUUGGCUGAAUUUAAAGAUUUUUUUGAAGACCAGUCCAUUAAGAAGGUUUGGCACAACUAUAGUUUUGACAAUCAUGUGAUUGAGAACCAUAAAGUUUGUGUUCGUGGUUUCCAUGCGGAUACGAUGCACAUGGCUCGGUUGUUCAAUUCAGCUAGACGUACGGAGGGUGGAUACUCUCUUGAAGCUCUGACAGGUGAUGAAAGAGUGAUGUCUGGUGCUAAAUCAUGCUAUAAAGAGUUGAUUGGUAAGGUGUCAAUGAAAACUGUCUUUGGCAAGAAAAAGUUGAAAAAAGAUGGAUCUGAAGGGAAAACUACAAUAAUUGCUUCUGUUGAGGAGCUUCAAAGAGAAGACCGGGAGUGCUGGAUUUGUUACUCUGCCUUGGAUGCAAUAAGCACUUUGCAGCUUUAUGAAAGCUUGAAAAAGCAACUCUCUCAAAGGGAAUGGAAAUGCUAUGGAAGGCCAUUUGCUAGUAGAAAGUCCAUGUUUGACUUUUACCAGGAAUAUUGGCGUCCAUUUGGCGAGCUGCUAGUUAAAAUGGAAACUGAAGGUAUGUUGGUUGAUCGGCCAUAUCUUGCAGAAAUAGAAAAAGUUGCCAAAGCAGAACAAGAAAUCGCUGGUAAAAGAUUCAGACAUUGGGCAUCUAAGUAUUGUCCUGAUGCCCAAGAUAUGAAUGUCGGGAGUGACACACAGUUGCGCCAACUAUUUUUUGGUGGUGCUGCAAACAGGAAGGACUGUUCCAUUACUCUGCCAGAAUCAAGAUUGUUCCAAGUUCCAAACGUCGAUAAGGUGAUCGAAGAAGGAAAGAAGACUGCCACCAAAAAUCGUAAUAUCAAGCUGCAUAAAAUUGUUGCUAAUGAUCUGCCCACUGAGAUGUACACGGCUAGUGGUUGGCCAUCUAUGAGUGGUGAUGCAUUGAAAGCCAUGGCUGGGAAGGUUUCUGCAGACAGCUAUUUCAUGGAUGAUUUUGUUGACCCACAAUCUGAUGACGUUAUUGGUGAAGCAGAGGAUAUAACCGAAGAUUCAAGUAUACUCUCAACUCCCAACGUGGAUGUGGACACAUCUGCCUAUGGAACAGCCUUAAAUGCAUUUUCAACACGAGAAGAAGGAAUAGAGGCAUGCCAUGCCAUUGCUUCUUUAUGUGAAGUUUGCUCCAUUGAUUCUUUGAUAUCGAACUUCAUCCUCCCUUUACAGGACAGCAAUAUAUCAGGCAGUAAUGGUCGAGUGCAUUGUUCCCUGAAUAUCAAUACAGAAACUGGCAGAUUAUCUGCAAGGAGGCCAAAUUUACAAAAUCAGCCAGCUUUGGAAAAGGACCGGUACAAGAUCCGUCAAGCAUUUAUUGCUGCCCCGGGAAACUCCCUUAUUGUUGCUGAUUAUGGCCAGUUGGAACUUAGGAUUCUUGCGCACCUAGCUAGCUGUGAAAGCAUGAUAAGGGCUUUUGAAGCUGGUGGCGAUUUCCACUCAAGGACUGCAAUGAAUAUGUAUCCUCAUAUUCAUGAAGCCAUUGAAAGGAAGGAAGUGCUUCUGGAGUGGUACUCUCAACCGGGCCAAGAAAAACCACCAGUUCCUUUACUGAAGGAUCGGUUUGCUUCAGAAAGAAGGAAAGCUAAGAUGCUCAACUUUUCUAUUGCAUAUGGAAAAACUCCGGUGGGGCUAGCACGCGAUUGGAAGGUCUCUGUGGAGGAAGCAAAGGAAACAGUUGAUCUAUGGUAUAGAGAAAGACAAGAAGUUCUUAAAUGGCAAGAAGCUCGUAAACAGGAAGCUAAUAGAACAGGAUGUGUUCAUACACUGCUGGGACGUGCUCGUCAUUUCCCUAAUAUGAAGCAUAUGAGUCGUGCUCAGAAGAAUCAUAUCGAAAGGGCUGCUAUCAACACACCCGUGCAGGGUAGUGCUGCUGAUGUUGCCAUGUGUGCCAUGUUAGAAAUCACGAGAAAUGAACGUUUAAAAGAGCUAGGGUGGAGACUACUGUUACAGGUUCAUGAUGAAGUCAUCUUGGAAGGACCCAUGGACUCUGCUGAAGAUGCCAAGGCAAUCGUUGUUGAGUGCAUGUCAAAACCAUUCGGAGGCAAGAAUGUUCUUAAAGUGGAUCUCUCUGUCGAUGCGAAGUGUGCCCAAAACUGGUAUGCAGCCAAGUAA